AUGCAGUUCACUUCUCGAGUCGCGACGACUAUCGUCACCGCAGCUUCCUUAUGGCAGUCGUGUCAAGCCCAGGGCCCUCUCGCCACGGUUUAUACCGACCCCGAGACUGGCAUCAUCUUCGAUGCGUGGUCAGCAACUACGAGUCAAACCCAGGGCGGCAUGACCAUUGGUAUGGCCAUGCCGUCGAAUGCCCUGUCGACUGAUGCUACUGAGUUUAUCGGUAUUCUUACAUGCUCUUCUCCCAAUGGGAAAUCGACUGGGUGGUGUGGCAUUUCUCUCGGAGGGACCAUGCCGCAAAAUCUUCUGCUUAUGGCCUGGCCCUACGGCGAUGAAGUCCUCACUCAAUUCAUGUGGGCGAGUGGAUACGAUACGCCAGUUCCUUACACCGGCAACGCGAAACUCACACAAAUCUCCUCAGCCGUGAACGGGACAAACUAUUCCGUCAUCUUCCGCUGCGAGAACUGUCUUGCCUGGGAUCAGGACGGCGAGACUGGAGGCAUUAGCUCCAGCAGUGGCUUCAUGCUUCUCGGAUGGGCCCAAGCCUACAGCUCGCCUGGAAACCCGAGCUGCCCUGCCAACAUUCGCCUUGAACAGCAUGACACGCAAAACAUAUUCCCCGCUAUCCCUGAUAGUAACAUUGCCAACCCGUCUUAUUCGAGCUGGGCUGCACUUGCUACCAAGACCGUGACUGGAGACUGUGGAGGUGGGCCUGAUCCUACCAACACAGAGACCCCGCCUUCUUCCACUAGUUCUAGUGUCCCAACCAAGACUGGAGUCCCUGUGCCUACCGACACUGCCUACGACUACGUGAUUGUCGGUGGUGGUGCUGGUGGUCUGCCUAUGGCUGAUAGACUCAGUGCCCAGGGCAAGAAAGUUCUUCUUAUCGAGAAGGGCCCGCCGUCCACGGGCAGGUGGGGAGGCAGCAUGAAGCCCGCGUGGCUUGAGGGAACCUCUCUUACCCGGUUUGACGUUCCCGGUCUUUGCAACCAAAUUUGGCAUGAUUCCGCAGGGAUCGCCUGUACUGAUACAGACCAGAUGGCCGGUUGUGUUCUGGGAGGAGGCACCGCCGUGAACGCCGGUCUCUGGUGGAAGCCGUACUCUCAGGACUGGGACUACAACUUCCCAUCAGGCUGGAAGUCGAAUGACGUCGCCGCGGCUACGAACCGCGUGUUCUCGAAGAUUCCUGGAACAACUGUACCAUCCACGGAUGGGAAACUCUAUCUUCAGCAAGGAUUCGACGCCGUAUCUUCCGGCCUUCGUAACGCCGGCUGGUCCGAGGUGUCUGCGAAUCAAGAACCGAAUAGGAAGAACAGGACGUUCACCCAUACUCCUUACAUGUUUUCCAACGGCGAGCGUGGUGGUCCUCUAGCGACUUAUUUAGUUUCCGCCAGUCAGCGAAGCAACUUUAAGAUGUGGACUGGUACUGCCGUCAAGCGAGUCAUCCGAUCGGGCGGCCAUGUUACUGGUCUUGAGGUCGAGCCUUUCCUUAGCGGAGGUUACACUGGAACCGUUCCCUUGACUCCCGUAACAGGACGAGUCAUUCUGUCUGCGGGAACCUUUGGCAGCGCAAAGAUCUUGCUUCGAAGUGGUAUCGGCCCGAUCGACCAGCUGCAAGUUGUCCAAAACUCGACUGAUGGACCGACAAUGAUCUCUGAGGACCAGUGGAUCGAUCUUCCGGUUGGAUACAACCUAGAGGACCACACAAACACCGACACUGUUAUCACCCAUCCAAAUGUCGAGUUCUAUGACUUCUACGAAGCGUGGGACGCCCCAAUUACGAGCGAUAAGAAUCUCUAUCUCAAUAACCGUGCCGGCAUUCUCGCCCAAUCUGCCCCGAACAUUGGCCCAGUCUUCUUCGAGGAAAUCCGGGGUAAUGAUGGUAUUGUUCGGCAGCUGCAGUGGACUGCUCGCGUUGAGGGUACCUUUGACACUCCCGACGGCAAGGCCAUCACAAUGAGUCAGUACCUUGGUCGUGGUGCCAAGUCCCGAGGUCGAAUGACGAUUACACGCAACCUCAACACGGCCGUCUCGACUGUGCCCUACCUUCGUGACCCCAACGAUAUCGAGGCGGUUAUCAAGGGUAUUGAGAACCUGCAGGCCGCUCUAGCUAAUGUCCCCGGCCUGGUCUGGACAUACCCGCCCCCUGGUGUUACUGCUCGUCAAUACGUCACUGAUAUGGUUGUCUCGACGUCCAACCGGCGUGCCAACCACUGGAUCGGAACCUGCAAGACCGGCCAAGACGACGGCCGCAGCAACGGCUCCGCCGUCAUCGACACCAAUACCCGUGUCUGGGGCACCGACAACCUCUUCGUCGUCGACGCCUCCAUCUUCCCCGGCAUGGUCACCGCUAAUCCUUCGGCUUACAUCGUGGUCGCGUCAGAGCACGCGGCUGACAAGAUCCUCGCGUUGGCCCCAGCUGGCGAGCAGCCGAGAUAUGCGCAGUGCGGUGGCUUGACCUGGAAUGGAAGCCACCAGUGUGCUGCGCCUUAUACCUGCCAGAAGACGAACGAUUACUACUCUCAGUGCUUGUAA